GAAAUACUGUGUAAAAUUUAUCCCAAUGACUAAACUAAAUAAGGGAAGGUCAUCGUAAGUUUUGUGGUUCACGGCAUUUAUUGUUUCUCUGUAUAUUAAAGUGCAAUGUCUGAAAAGCUAGCCAGGAAUACAGUGCUGAAGAAACAUGAGGUUGCUAGGCCCGUACAUAUACAGCGGUUAGAGGCUGCACUGGAUAUACGCUCGUUCGUUAGUCAAGUAGAGAGGAUACUGAAUUCUGAUGAUCAAUCCGACAGCGACGACGAUUCUAAAUCUUUAAUUAAUGAAAUAUCCAGGAAUGACCGAAUUCUGCACGGUGUUGUCACAACGAAACCAGAACGACAAAGUGACCGACUUCGCCUCUACAAUUUCUCUUCCGUUGGAGAAGAAAGACAGUGGAUAAGAGAUGUUCUUCUCUCUUCUGAAUCCGAAACAAGUACAGAUGAUGAAACAACAGAGUCAAAAGAGCUUAGAUUAAAAAGAAUAUUGAAAGAAAGGAGAUAUCAUAACAGAUAUGCUAGACGUUAUUAUAAAGAUCCUACAAACACCCGCUACAUGUACUAUGGGGCUGGUGUUUUGUCUACUGUGGAUCGGUACCCUGAACGCCGUGUCAGUCGACCCAUGCCUCAACUACCGGGAAGUAGAGGUCGUCGAGGUCGUCCAUCCGAGAGAGGGUCUACUAGGGGCUUUAGUAAAUCUAGAAGGGGAAGACUUCGAGAUGCACGGUGUAAUGAAAGUAAUGAUUUGCCAGACGGAGUUGAUUGGGAGGAACAGUUACGGCAUCUGAAGGAAGAGAAUGAUCCAGAUGAUUUUAGCAUAGCUAAUGAUAAACAGGGGGCCAGGGGGCGUAAAAAGUUAUCGACGUUGAAGAGUCCGGAAGCGCUAACAGCACGAAGGCGUCGACACUGGCUUUUACUCGUAAAGAAGGAAUUGGGUAAAGUACAAAGAGCAAGAGCGGCCACUCAUAGAGAAGUUACACUUCAGAGGAAAAGAUUAGCUACUUUGUGUUGUAAGCAUUGGCGGCAUAUUGCUAUGCAGAGUCAGAAGAACAUGAAAGAGACGGUGUGGCGUUGCAAGCGGCUGAGUCGCGAGAUGCAGGCCUACUGGCGCAGGUACGACCGCGCCGAGCGGGAGACCAGGAGACGGAUGGAAAAAGAAGCCGAAGAACAACGCAAGAUGGACGUAGAAUUGAUGGAAGCAAAGCGUCAACGUCGCAAGUUGAAUUUUUUGAUAACACAAACCGAGCUGUACGCUCACUUCAUGCAGCGGAAGAUGAGUGCAGUGGAGGACAGCGACACGGGAGCCGCUCAUAUACUCAGGCAACUGGACGAAGACCGAGAUCCCAGGCUGGCUUCUAUAGAUUGUUACGACAGCGAAGAGAUGAAGGCGCGCGCGUCCCGCAACGCUCGCGAGGCGUUCCGCGCGGACCGCGCCCGCACCGAGCUGUUCGACGCGAGCGCGCGCGCCGCGGAGCCGCGCCGCCGCGCCAGCGACCACGACCAGCCGCACAUCUUCCGCGGGACGCUCAAGGGCUACCAGCUCAAGGGAAUGAACUGGCUGGCCAACUUGUACGAUCAGGGCAUCAGCGGCAUUUUAGCGGACGAGAUGGGCCUCGGCAAGACGGUGCAGUGCAUAGCGUUCCUGUGCCACGUGGCCGAGCGGCUGGGCGUGUGGGGCCCGUUCCUGGUCGUGUCUCCCGCCUCCACGCUCCACAACUGGCAACAAGAGAUGCAGAGAUUCGUGCCGGAUUUUAAAGUAGUCCCGUACUGGGGAAGUCCAAGCGAACGGAAAAUCCUCCGUCAGUUCUGGGAGCGUAAGGACCUGCACACGCAAGCGGCCGCUUUCCACGUGGUCGUGACGUCAUACCAAAUAGUCGUCUCCGAUCUCAAGUAUUUGAAUCGCGUUUCCUGGCAGUACAUGAUACUGGACGAAGCCCAAGCUAUCAAAAGCUCGGCGAGUAUGCGAUGGAAGCUCUUACUUGGGUUCAGCUGCAGGAACAGAUUGUUAUUAUCCGGCACUCCAAUACAAAACAGUAUGGCUGAGCUAUGGGCUCUAUUGCAUUUCAUAAUGCCAACAUUAUUUGAUUCACAUGAAGAAUUUAAUGAAUGGUUCUCCAAAGACAUUGAAAGUCAUGCAGAAAAUAAAAGCACUAUAGAUGAAAAACAUCUAUCCAGACUGCACAUGAUUUUGAAACCGUUUAUGCUACGUCGAAUAAAGAAGGAUGUGGAGAAUGAAUUGUCUGAUAAAAUAGAGAUCAUGGUCCACUGUCCUUUGACUAUAAGGCAGAAACUAUUGUACAUAGCUCUGAAGAAGAAAAUAAAGAUAGAAGAAUUAUUACAUUUCUCUGUGGGUGCUGAGUCCGGGCACAAUGUUGAUAAAAAUUUCACAUCGAAUCUGAUGAAUUUGGUUAUGCAGUUUAGGAAGGUGUGCAAUCACCCCGAGCUGUUCGAGCGGCGCGACGUGAGGUCUCCCUUCACGAUGCUCCUGGACGAUUACCACCUGCCGAAGCUCGUGGUCGAAGACUGCAUCCUGAUUCGUUCGACGCCCUCAAAACGCCAUCUCCUAUACAACCGGCUGUCGAUACUGACGCCGGGCCACGUGCAGAGCGGGGUCGGUGCCGGCGGCUGCUUCGGCUUCACGCGGCUCGUCGACGUGUCGCCGCGGGAGCUACACUUGCUGACGUCAUGCGGCUGGCUGCACGCCAUGCUACACAUCGAGCAAUGUCUAGAGAAAUACGAAAAACUCCGACACAGACAGGACUGGUGGUACAGCGAAAACAUUAGCGCCCAGACCACGUCUGAUUAUUAUAGAGUUAAUAGUAAAGACAUGCUUUUGAUAUGUCCCGACGGAGAUGUAUUGAAGAAGAGAAAAGAAGACGGUUUGUUGUGGAAGGAGUUGCUGUUUACCGAUCCGCUGUGGGUCGAAGGUGGUCCAUUCUUCGCACACACGGAUGUCGUGUUGCAUUACGUACCGGAAACGGUCGAGCACAGGACAAUGCGUUUGAGGAACUUGAAAGAUAACGGGCAGUCAGAUAUGUUGAGUGAGAUAAAGACAGAAGACGGAGGGGUUGUGGCAGUCAAGACUGAAGAAAUACCAGAAUUCGAGCACGUGGAACGGCCACCUGAAGUUUUCCCUGUUAUGGCAACACCGAUGCCCGCGUUUUUGUAUGCUGCUCAACAGAAGGUCUGCGCGAGCACGCUGACUCCGUUCGCGUCGUCGCGCAGCUUCGCGUACUGCAUGACGCGGCACCGGCACGCCGAGUGCAGGGCGGGGUGCGAGACGUUGGGGCGGCUGUGCGCGGCGAGCAGGCCGCCCUACGGAUGGGCGACUAUACAAGUACCCGAUAAGAACCAGUUGGUGAGCGACGCUGGAAAGCUGACGGUUCUGGACUCGCUUCUGAAGAGGCUGAAGGAGCGCGGCCAUCGCGUUCUCAUCUACAGUCAAAUGACGAAGAUGAUUGAUUUGUUAGAGGAAUACAUGUGGCAUCGUAAACACAAGUACAUGCGGCUGGAUGGCUCCAGCAAGAUCUCCGCCAGACGGGACAUGGUGGCUGAUUUCCAGGCCCGGACGGAUAUAUUCGUGUUCCUUCUGUCCACUCGCGCUGGAGGUUUGGGCAUCAACUUGACGGCGGCCGAUACGGUUAUAUUCUACGAUUCGGACUGGAAUCCGACAGUUGAUCAGCAGGCCAUGGACCGAGCUCAUCGUUUGGGACAGACCAAACAGGUCACAGUCUACAGGCUGAUUUGUAAAGGAACCAUCGAGGAGAGAAUAAUGCAACGGGCCAGGGAGAAGAGUGAGAUCCAAAGAAUGGUGAUCAGCGGCGGCAAUUUCAAACCGGACACCUUAAAACCCAAGGAAGUUGUAUCGCUGCUGUUGGACGACGAGGAAAUUGAACUCAAAUAUCGACAGAAGUCCGAAGAGAAGAAGAUGUUUGAAGAGAGAGAACGCAAGAGAAAGCUCGGAAUCCUGCCCAGUGCUAUUUCGUCGCCGCCGGUGGAUGUGAAACGGCCCAGGGAUUCCGCUUCGGAGCCCGGCAGCCCCCUGCAAGUCGACGACGAGAGCGACGGUCUGGUUGUGGACGUGCCCUCGCAGCCCCCCACCCCCACCUCAUACUCGCCGUCGUUCCGUCCGUCGUGGUCGGGCAGCCGCGGGAGUCGCGGGUCGCGGCGCGGCCGCCCGCGCGGCUCCCGACACUGCGCGUCGCGCCGCCCGCGGCCCGCGCCCGACAACAACGCGCUCGCCGCAGGAGCAGCGUUGUUGGAGUCCGAUGCGCCCCUCGAGCCCGAGGUACCGACGCCGGUCGAACCAAGUCGCGGUCGUCGCGGACCUGCUAGUGUUCCUAAUUAA